CCAAUGGCAUCUACUUCUUCUCCUUCUUCUUCAUCUGGCCGAGUCCCUUCCUCCAUCCUCAUCAUCGGAGGCGGCGUUUUCGGUCUGUCAACGGCUUGGGCGUUGUGUAAUAACCCGGAUUUCAAAGACACCUCAAUCACUCUCAUAGAUCGACUUCCUUUUCCUACAACUGAUGGGUCCAGCAUUGAUGCCUCUCGCAUCAUUCGCCCUGAUUAUGCUGCCGCACCGUAUGCGAAGUUAGCAGCAAUUGCACAAGAAAAAUGGCGCACUGACUUCGCCCCCGAACACUAUCAUCAGACAGGGCUCUGUGUGACUGCUGCUGGACCGGAGCAGAAGUACGUCUCCGCUUCACUGGCUAACGUGCAAGCCCUGGGGGUGGACAAGGUCGAAGUGCUCCAAUCAUCCGAAGACAUCAAAAGAGUAUGCGGUCUUGAAGCUACGGGUCCUACAGGAGCCGGCAAUGUAGGUUACGUGAACUGGAGUUCCGGCUGGGCGAACGCAGAAGGAGGCAUGCGCUGGCUGCGCAAGAAGCUUGAAGCCCUCAACCGCGUAAAUUUCGUCGUCGGAAAGGUCGCCUCCCUCGCCAUCGACCACCAAACCUCCAGCAUUUCCGGGGCUACCCUCUCCGACUCGACCCACAUUACCGCGGAUCUCACAAUCCUUGCAGCCGGCGCCUGGUCUGCCUCCCUACUUGACCUCCGUGGCAUCUGCAAAGCCACCGGCCAAGCACUCUGCUACAUGCCCAUCUCCGCAUCCGAAGAAUCCACCCUCUCAACUCGUCCAACUCUCCUCAACCUCUCCAACGGCCUCUUCAUGAUACCUCCAGCUAACGGGCUCCUCAAAGUCGCUCGACAUGGCCACGGCUAUACAAAUCCCACUACGAUCCGCCACCCAGAGUCCGAGGACCCAAACGCUACCAUCACUGUCUCCCUUCCUUACACACACAUCGACGACCCUAAUCUUACAGUCCCGGUAGAAGCUCACCGCUCGUGUCGCGAUUUCCUCGCAAACAUACACCCUUCCCUCGCAAUUCCUUCGCGCCCAUUCACACAAUCCAAAAUCUGCUGGUACACCGAUACCCGUGAUGGCGACUUUCUGAUAUCGUACCACCCCAAAUACAAAGGAUUAUUUGUCGCGACUGGAGGUUCCGGCCACGGGUACAAGUUUCUGCCUGUGAUUGGAGAGUGUAUCGUAAAUUGCGUCAUGGGUCGUACGCCCGAGGACUUCAAAGAGCGGUGGGCAUGGCCGCAGCAGCGCGUGCCAGAGGAGCAGUGGAGUGGGGAUGGGAGUCGCGGGGGACCUGUAGGGAUGGUGUUGAAGGAGGAACUAGGGAAGGGACGGAGGGCGAACUUGUAGACUUUUGAUCUUUUUCCCUUUAUAGAUUUUGGUUAUGGUAUCCUGAUAUUCAAUCUUUCAUGAAUUAACAGUUAUUUGAGUGCAACCUGGAGUAUCGUGAGGUACUUCGCAUCAAUAUCCAGUGAAGGACUUGAGAAGCCUUCUGCUAUUAAUUACCCCAUGUCUAGCCCUGUCCCGCUUUUUCACACCUAACAUCACCCUCUGCGUGGUUUCCAUUGCAAAAGCUCUCUACAGCUUCACUAUUGAUUCACGACUCAUUCGAGGUAUCUAUCCUUUUCCUCUCUAAUUCCAAGUAUAUAUAUCCCUUCUCCAGCGGCCUCCUUCCUUCCUUCCUUUCCUCUUCUUCACACUGCUGUGAGCGCGCUGCUCUGGCCUGCAGUCAAAAUCUGGACUAAAAAAGUGUUUUUUUUCCG